AUGAUACAACUCAUCGUUUUCUCGUUAAUUACGCUGUUUACUUGGCGGGUCUGGAGGUUUACCGUAUCUCCUAUGCUGAAUCCUUCCCAUCCCAAGGAGUUUCCCAGCUGGGUUCCAUGUCAUGCCGCAGCUUUCUUUUGUAACUCGAAUGGUUUGCUCGCUUCAGCUAGGAAAUACUUCAAUACUAAUGAGCCAUUUGCCUUAACUGUUCUGGGAAUGACUUUUUAUGUCGUAACACAGGCGAAACACUCUGCCGAAGUGUACAAGAGCACAGAUACACUCUCUUUCGAAGACUUUGUACAGGGGCUUAUGAGGACUAAUGGAAAUGAUCUAGAUGUCAUCAAAGUCAUGUAUUCACCACUGUCUAUUGACAAGGCAGGAUUUCCUAACCCUCAAGGUGAUUCUCUUGGUGUUCUGGCACAGAAGAUGCAUAUCCACCAACUUCAUCCCGGUCAAAACUUGCUCGUUCUCCAGAAACGCGUUCAAACGUGGAUUCAUGGCCACUUGAGUCUAAGGGUACUCCAUGAUACAUGUACAUACGCUAGUCCUAAAGGCCUAGCCAGUAUCGAGCUUCCGCUCUAUCAAUGGUGUUCUGAAUACUUCGUUCGGCUAGGACAACAGGUAUAUUUCGGGGAAAUUCUCGAUAAGAUCGACCCUGGCCUUCCGUCUGCCUUUCUAGAAUUUGACGAACUUAUCUGGAAGAUGUUGUAUCAGUACCCAAGUUUUCUUUCACACGACAUGUCAAAGCCGCGGUCUCGAAUUAUCGCUUCACUAAACAGAUAUUUCAGGAUUCCCCGAAGCCAAAGGGAAGAUGGUGCCGCCUGGUUAAUCAAUACCAUGGAAGACGAAGCUAAAUCUCUUGGGAUUGACGACGAUAAUUUAGCUGUUCUGGUUUUUCACUUAUACUUUGCCAUAAAUACAAAUACCCGUAAGACGGUAUUCUGGGUGCUUACCUACCUCGUCCACAAUCCAUCUCUCAUGAGGGCAUUCCGCGAGGAAACUGGACCAGCAUUUGACGGCCACAAUCUAGUAGACCCUUUCUAUAUUCAAGAUCCCGUGAACUGCCCCCAAGUUGAUGCGAUUUGGCAUGAGACGUUACGACUUUCUGGGUGGUCAGCCUCAGUAAGGUUGAUAAAUCAGGACACCGUCAUCGGUGGGAAGCUGAUGCGGAAGGGCAAUCGAGUUCUAGUUCCACAUAGGCUUUUACACUUCGACGAGAGCAUAUUUGGUCAGAAUAUAUAUGCUUUCCACCCUGAACGAUGGCAAAAAGAGAACCUCACGCGGAGCCCCUCUUGGCGGCCGUUUGGGGGCGGCAAGACCAUGUGCAGCGGUCGUUUUUUGGCCCGGUUCUCGGUUACUACAUUCGUAGCUACACUUUUGCGACGAUUCGAUAUCGAAAAGGUUGGAAAUUCACCGUUUCCGCAAGCGGAUCAGGGUCGACCGGUUCUCGGUAUUAUGUCGAUUAAAGAAGGACAUGAUUUCAAUGUGAAACUCACGCCAAGAGAGGCUGUACGCUAAAUGAGCGUAUUCAUAGCUUAAAAUCAGACUUGCAAUGAAACAGGCUUUACGUCGAUAUCGAAAUACGUG